GCUAAAUAAUUAAGGAUCCUGAUUGGUUGCAUAUAGUACCAAAAUUGGAAAUCAAUACUACAUUUGAUCAAUGAAAAAUGCAAAAAUUUAUUUCCGCCAAUUUCACUUUUUAUCCAACCGGAAAAUUGAAUUAAAGAUUCCUACACAAAAGAAAUAAUUUUAGUUUCAGUCCAAUAAAGUCAAGUAGAUCUCCCUACGAGUAUCGUGAGCUUCUUCUGGAUUCUUUACCCCUCUGUUUUUUUUUGUUUUUUAAAGGUUUUUGCUAGACAUGUUAUGGAAAGUGAGCCGCAGGUCAUUAGUUCUUUUACUAGCUAAAAAGAAAAUCAAUCAAUCAAUUUAACAGACAAGCUAACACCAUGACAAGCACGGAAACCAAGGAAGUGAACUUCGUUCAACCUGUACGUAGGAUAAUGACACUGUCUAAUUUAGUCACGUGGAAUAAUUCGCAAGCUCAUCACGAUUUGGUUGGUUUCAUACUAACGGUGAACGACGCUGUGAAGGGUAAGAGUCUACACGACGAAUGUUACGUGUCCGAAACAGUCACAAAGAUUACGGAGAUGUUAGGAACUUUCAAAAACUGGAUUAAAGAGAUUCCGCCAUGCGAACAACCACAGAGGUUUGGUAACAAGUCCUACAAGGUAUGGGCGGAAAAGCUGCUUGAAAAUUCGCAAAGUCUUAUUGAACCUAUGUUGCCGGAGAACUUCAAAGGAGCUGUUGUUGAAUUGAAAACCUAUCUGGAACACGGCUUUGGAAACUCUACUCGUAUCGAUUACGGAAGUGGUCACGAGUUGAACUUCAUUUGUUUUCUUUGCUGUCUGUACAAGUUAAAGGUUUUAACGGAAAACGAUCGCGUGGCUAUUGUAAAUUUAACUUUCAAAAAAUAUUUAGAAGUCGUCAGAGAUCUGCAAGUCACGUACCGAAUGGAACCUGCAGGUAGCCACGGUGUAUGGGGUUUAGACGAUUAUCAAUUCGUUCCGUUUAUAUGGGGGAGUAGCCAACUAAUUAAUCAUCCUACGUUCUUUCCCAGCGCACUCGCUGAUGAAAAGGUUACAGAAGAAAAUAAGGACAACUACAUGUUCUUUGGGUGUAUAGCUUAUAUUAACACGGUCAAAAGUGGACCGUUCGCAGAACAUUCAAACUCGUUGUGGGGCAUCAGUUCUGUCCCACACUGGUCAAAGGUCAACUCUGGUCUCAUCAAGAUGUACAAAGCAGAAGUUUUGUCGAAGUUUCCAAUCGUGCAGCAUUUUCUGUUCGGGACGCUAAUGUCAUUUGAAAAAGCUUCUUGAUAAAUAUUUUAAUGAGAGCAUUUUCUAAUUUAAAAAAGUUAAAAUUCAAACAUCAUAUCCUCACAAAUGAGUGGUAGACCCUCCCUUGCGAUUAACCUUCGAUUUCGUGCAAAGUUGCCAUAUUUUAAAAAAAUGACGAUAAACGAAUUUUACGCAGUCUUCAUAUCGGAAGUGAAUUAAUUUUCGCGGCAACUUAAUUCUGCGAAGCUGCAAGUCUUGAUAUUUCGCGAGAAUUUUUUUUUUUUUUGCGAAUUGUGCGAAAAAAGAAAUUGAUGACAUUUCUCUCUCAAUGUUUACCUUUUUUUAAAAAUUCUUAUGUAACAUAAAGAAUGUAAAAAAAAAAAUAUUAUAAACCUUUUUUAAACGAGAGAAAAAAAUUCACGUGCGUGCGUGUGUUACGUAA